AUGGCUCCCGCUUCCGCCACCUCUCAGAGAUCCAACGACAAGUCCAAGAGACAGCCCUCUCAAGCUCCCAGCACCUCCAAGGCUGGGUCGGAGAGUCCUGUCUCUGAGGCUAACGGCACUGAACCAACCUACUUGAAGGAGCUGCAGAAGAGUCUGCGCAACACUGCAAAGAAGUUGAACGCGACUGCCAAGAUUGACGCUAUCAUCGCCGAGAACGAAGGCAAGUCUCUGGACGACCUUGUGGCCGAGAAGAAGAUCAAUGCCGAUCAAAAGGCUCAGGCCCUGAAGAAGCCUGCUCUUCAGGCAACCAUUGCCCAGAUCGAGGAACAAAUUGGUCACUACAAGCAGUUCGCUGCCCAAUACGAGGCGCGUCUGGAGAGCGAGAAGGCCGCUUUGGAGAAAGCCCACCAGGAGGAGCUGGAGGCAGUGCGUGCCAAUGCCAUUGCUGAUGCUACUGAGACCUCGGCGCGCGUUCUGCGCGAGCAAUUGCUCACCUUGACCAAGUUCUUGUGCGCGGCGGCUAACAUGCGUCAUGCGGGCGAGACUGAGUCUCUUGAGAGCCGUGCCUUCGAGGGUGUGUUGUUCCAGGUCUACGGAGGUAACAAGAAGGCUGUUGAUUCCAUGGUGAAGCUGGUUGAGGGUGCGGACGAAAAGGUGAUUGGUGUUGAGGGUGAGGCCCUCGAGCUGAGCUAUGGCGAUGUGAAGCUGGCAUCCAACAAGUUUGCGCCUGCGGAAGUGACCACCGAAGUGACCACCGAAUCCGCCGUCGUGUCCGACCCUACCGUGGCUAAUGCUGGCCUGACCGAGCUCCAGGAUCCCUCCGUCAGCGAUGAGUUGGCUGCCUCCGAGGCGGCCAAUGCUACCCCUCAGGCCGGGCAGGUUGCGCCUCCUGCGCAGACCCUGAUCUCUGAUGCUGCGAACCAGAUCGCUGAGACAACCUACAACCCAACCUCCAUGGACUCGUCCGCUACCACCGAUGGCUGGGUGGAGGUCCCCCGUGACCCGGCCGAGACCGAGACUGGUCUCCAGGCCACUCCUGCCGACGUGAACAACAACACCGCUACCGCUAAGGAAACUCCAGCCGGAGCUAAGGGUCAGAAUGGUGGCCACCGUGGCCGCGGUCACCGUCGUCCUCGUGGUGGCGAAGGUUCUCGUGGACGCGGAGGCCGCGGUGAAUUCCGUGGCCGUGGCCAUGGAGCCGGUCGUGGAGGUCGUGGCCGUGGCGGAUCCAACGCCUCCCCAGCAGCGACCCCUGCUCCCUCCAACCAGGCCGCCGCUGACUGGUAA